ACACUGAGCUUCUUUACCACCAAGGGACAGUCACCUGAACUUCAAAGGAGAGACUGGAGCCUGGGCGUCUGUUCAGCAAACCGUCAAGCUGCCAGGUGCAAAUAUAGAUGGCUUCAACAUUUUCUUUGUCACUUCUUCCACAAACUGGAUAUAAAGCAGUCCACUUCCUCCAACGUUGGCUGGAUCAAUGUUGCACGCUCUUCUUCUCGCACAGCUUUUUCUCAAUCUUGUUUACAGAUUCACUGCACUCCAGUUUGCGGCGUCAUUCACACAAUUUCCACAGCCGUCGACGAGACCUAUCCACCUUUCCCAAGCAGAUGCAAUGUCUACCAAUAAGAUUUGGGGUCAACUCCAGGUGGAUUUAACAAAAGCUCAUCCUAUUCAGCGAAUCACCGACUCUGGCGAUUUCCGCUUCGUCAUCGCCAAUGACUUCCCUCCUCCUCAGCCUGUGCCAUGGGGAAAAGACCAAACCUGGAGCCCUGUAUUGAGCAAGAGCCUAUAUUAUAAACGCCCCGCUAAGUCAUAGAAGUUAUCCUCUGGGACGAAUUGGAAGUGGAGGUCGCACUUGGAAAUCAUCGUUGAUUUCGAAACCAUCAAGGAAGCUUCAUCACCCUUGGCCAAGGUGUUGGCAAAUGA